AUGCCUAUUGCUGUUACCCACACCACAGCAUGGGAACAUACGGUAUAUGCAGAAGACACCGUUCUGCCUACAUUCAACAUCCUGUUCAUUGUGAAGAGGGAGCCAAGCCUCCAUGGGCCCAUGUACUAUUUCCUCUGCAUGCUGGCCGUCAGUGACCUGGUCCUGUCUACAUCCACCCUGUCCAAAACACUGACCAUCUUCUGGUUCAAUUCCAGGGAGAUUGAUUUCAGUGCCUGCCUCACCCAGAUGUACUUUAUUCAGUGCUUCUCAUUGAUGGCAUCUGGGAUCCUUGUGGCCAUGGCUUUGGAUCACUACUUGGCCAUUGACCCCCUGAGACAUUCCACCAUCCUGACAAACCCCGUGGUGGCCAAGAUUGGCCUGGCCAUGGUGCUGCGUGGCAGCAUACUCGUACUGUCCACUCCCUUCCUGCUGAGGAGGUGGACAUAUUGCAGAACCAACAUCAUCCCCCACACAUACUGUGAGCACAUGACUGUGGUGAAACUGGCCUGUGCCGACAUCCGCAUCAGUCGUUACUAUGGUCUCUCUGUGAUAUUCUUUGUGACUGGUCUCGAUGUGUUUUUUAUCACUGUGUCCUAUACUCAGAUCCUCAGGGCCAUCUUCAGCCUCCCCACAAAGGACACCCGACUUAAGACUUUGGGGACUUACAGCUCCCACCUCUGUGUCAUCUUAGCCUUUUACAUCCCAGCUCUCUUCUCCUUCCUUACACAGCGGUUUGGCCACAAUGUGGCUCUGCAUUUCCAUGUUCUCGUGGCCAGUGUUUACCUCCUGGUGCCCCCCCCCAUGCUAAACCCCAUCAUCUAUGGAAUGAUCUGUCCCAGACAGAUCCGGGACAGGCUACUCCAUCUCUUUUCUCAUAAAGGGACCUAA